CCGUUCAGUUUGUUGCUGGAGCUCCAACAGAUUGGACGAGAGAAAAACACGCCUGAAGCAGUCCGCUUAUCGCCUACUUUGAUAAUACCGCCUGCUACGAUCUUCCCAAACGUAAGAGAAUACGGGUUUUUGGUUGUUUUGUGAUAACAUUCCGGCCAGAGCAAGAACGUGCUUCAGUUUGGUGAAACUAUCGGUGCAUUAUCAGUAAAAGUGAUCGGUGUGUGAUCUUUCGUCCAAAAACAGUACACGCUCAACUAUUUAAACAUCAUGAGCUUCCAAAAGGCAGCGCUAAUCUUGGCAACCGUGUUCCUCGUGCUGGUGUCAUCGUCCAGGGCAGCUGAUUUUGCAAAUUGCGCAAACGAAACGGCCAUCGGAGAGUUCAGCAAGGUGGAAGUGUCGAACUGUGGUGAUGACCAGGCGUCGUGUGUAUUAAAACGCAAUUCUAAUGCUACCAUCUCCAUCACCUUCACCAGCAACGAGGAUCUUUCGGAACUGAAGGCCGUAGUGCAUGGAAUUAUUCUUGGCAUGGAGGUACCAUUCCCCCUUCCGAACGCUGAUGGUUGCAAUGACAGUGGACUAAACUGCCCAUUGACUAAGGAUACGUCGUACCGUUACUCUACUACGCUACCCGUUUUGAAGCAAUACCCGAAGGUUUCCGUGGAAGUAAAAUGGGAGCUAAAGUCGGGUGACAAGGAUGUGGUCUGUGUGCUUAUUCCAGCUAAAAUCCAGUAAAACGAAAUGAGGAUGGAAGCAUCGUUUAUCCCCAUUGCGUUGAUAAGUUUCCUACCAACAAGUUGCCUUAUUUCCCAUCGCUGUGCCAAACAAAAAUUAAACCACAUAUUGACGCAUCGCUGCCGGCGUACUAUGACCUCAAUAAAGAACAGCUGUAGUAAGGCGACAUACUCCCGCCAAUCGAGGGAAAAUCCACGCUACACCAACCGGAUGAAGCAUGAUUCUCGCGGUCCAUCUUGCCAGUUUCUUUCCGAUUCUUUUGUUGCUGGACGCUUCGCCGUGCCUCACCAUUGUUAGUGUAAGCGAAGCCUUUUUUUUUCUCUCAACGUCCGUUAAUUAGAUUGUAAUUGAAAGCAUAGUCAAUCCAAUAAAACCAACUCGUUUUACACGUUGA